AUGGCACUUUUAUACCAAGCUCAUGAGGAAAAACAUCACCUUCCAGAGUAUCGAGGCCAAUAUAUGCGAGGAGAUCAUAGAUACCCGACUAUUAUGCUCGAAGCGGUUGCUUCUCAAGACUUAUGGUUUUGGCAUGCUUUUGCCGGUCCACCCGGUUCUCAAAACGAUAUCAAUUCGAUCCCUUACCCUCACGAAGUAAACGAAAAGAAAUUCAAGAGACAACAUGAGGCGGCAAGAAAAGACGUCGAACGGGCUUUUGGUGUUUUGAAGGGGAAAUGGGGUGUAUUGAGUCGACCGAUGCGAGCAAGAUCGGUUAAAAAAAUUAGGAAUGUCGUGUACACGUGUAUUAUUUUACACAACAUGAUUUUGAAAGACGAUGGAAAGGCGAUAGCACCGGUGCACAUUCGGGAUCCUCCGGUCGAGCCGGCUCUAGACGAUACGGUGCUGGGCGAGUUGUUGAAUGAAGACACCCAUUGGAGACUCAAACACGAUCUCAUAGAUCAUCUCGCAAGUCAAGAUUUACCCCAUCUUUUGGCCGAUUCCGACGAAGACUAG